AUGAAUUCCUUCGCCUUGCUUCAGGACGACGUCGAGGACGCCACGGACCUCGCCGUCCCGUCCAAGGGCACCCCCGCCGAAACGCCCGCCGAAGCCGUCCAGGACGCCCGCGCCACCGCGGACGACACCGCCGCCCCGUCUACCGACGCAGAUGCCGCGACCUCCGCAAACCCCGCAGAUCCCGAAGGCAAGCCCCGUCCGACCCCGAAGGAGAAGGAUCUGACUCUAGAGGAGUACCUCGCACAGAAGGCGCAGAAGUCUUCCUCGCUCACGUCGCUCAGCAAAGGCGCCCGCAAGCCCAACGAUGGCGUCAGCUCCGGCUUCGAGAACAUGUCUCUGCUGAACAAGGACGACCCCGCCCAUGGCCCGGCGAAGGACUCGCUCAUGGGCUCCGUGCCCGUCAAGGAGCAGCACGAGAACAAGGCCUUGAAGGACUCUACCCAUGCCGCCGUCGCGAAGAACGCAGAGAUCCAGAGCUUCUUCAAGAGAGAUCCCGCCUCGGACCGCCGCCAAUACUCGGGACCGCGUCGCGGCGGCGAUUUCAGGAGGGGCGGCUAUGACUCCAGAAGAGGGGACCGUGAAGGUGCGCAGCAUGAUCCCGAUUCGCGGCAGAGAGCCGACGGUGACCGUUCAUACAGGAACGAUACCCAUGCGCCUCGAUAUGAAGGACGUGGGGGCCGAGGAGAUUCUCGGGGAGGAAGGUUUGAGGGAAGAGGCGGUAGGUCCGAGGGUCGUGGUGGCAGGUACGAGCGUGGCAUGGAUAGGGAUGGCAGGCGUGAUAACAGGGGGACUUAUGGAAGAGGUCGUGGGCAGGAUGGGCCCGGGCCCAACGGCCACAGGUCGUAUGGCAAUGGCCCCAAGGUGCCGAUGGCACCUAACGUCGACGAUACGGCCGCCUUUCCCAGCCUCUAGCUUGGGUCAGUUCGCUUUCGGUUGAGGGGCGGUGCCGGUGCGUGAAGACAACUGCGCUUAGUUGGGUUUCGCGCACCUGUAUUCAGGAGGGUGAGUGUGUUGCGUGGUCGAGAGCACGAUGUGCGUGUGUGUUUGUGUGUGCGUUUGGGGUCUUGGACUUGUCAGGGAAGGUCAUCAGGGAUAGUUUGACGGUAUCGAGCUUCGAAGUGCAAAUGUUGCAGGGAGACAUAACGUUUGCAGUGCAAAGCGCUGUCAGGCACUUUCGUUUCUUGACAGGUUUGCUUGGUGUUUGUGUGGAGGUGUUGAGGGAGGCACUGUUGUGAGGGCGUCAUUGCGAGCGAUUCAUAAAGUCUUUGUUCGACAGUUGAGUGUUUGAUCACUA